AUGGACCGCUGCAAAGAGCUGCUCGAGUCCCUGUCCCGGGAACUGGAGUCGCAGCAUGAGCAACUGCAAGCCCUGCAAACCGAGAACCAGCGGCUCAAGGAGCUGAGCCUGCCGCGAUUGCAGGUUGGGAGCUGCGAGCCUGAGAAGGCGGAGAAGGUCGUACCCGUGAACCACUGUCCCACAACGCGGACCAGCCAGGUCUCUUGGGCGGAGUCUCUGUCCAACCGCUCGCCCAGCCGCCGCUUGCCCAGCCGCUCGGUGAGCCGCCGCAGCCGCAGCUCAAGGACUCGCUAUUCCUCAGAGGAGUCCGGCACACAGAGCCUCUUUAUGAAGCUCAUGGACGAUGAGCGGCUCAAGAUCCUCACGCAGAGGACGCGGCAGUUCGCGGCUGAGAAGCCCUGGUUUGUGAUCAACCCAGACAGUCACUGGUUAGCCACCAGCUGGCAGUUUGCCACCUUUUUUGGCCUCACCUUUGUCGCCCUGAUCACGCCGGUGCAAGUGGGCCUCUUGGAGCUGAAGAUCGACGCUUUGUUCUUCGUGGCCAUGGCAGUGGACUGCAUCUUCUUCCUCGACAUGUUCCUGCAGUUCUGCACGACCUACUCCAAGCGGACCGUACGGGGCAUCGAGUGGGAGGUGCAGCCGGGGAAGAUCGUGAAGCAGUACCUGAAGACCUGGUUCCUUCUGGACCUCUUGACCCUGAUCCCCUUCGACCUAUUCAACUUGCUGGCAGGGGAUACAGGAUUCGCAGAGUUCAAGAGCAUUAAGGUCAUCCGGAUCUUGCGACUGCUAAAGCUGAUGAGGCUCCUCAAGUCGUCCCGGAUCAUUCACAAACUGGAGAUUCCGAUGGCCAUCCCGUACCAGCAGAUUGCCUUGGCCCGGUUCCUGCUUGUCUUGGGCCUGGUGUGCCAUUGGUUGGCCUGCCUCUGGGCGCUGACUUUACAACUGGUGGACCAACAAUAUCCUCGCUGGAUCAACGACAUCGAAGAUUCGGACACUCACUUCGGCAUCGACACCUUGCACUCGCCUUGGCGCAUCUACCUCGCCGCGUUUUAUUUCUGCAGCUACACCAUGACCUCGGUGGGCUAUGGGGAUCUGGGUCCCAAGAAUGUCUUGGAGCGCGUGGUGUGUACCAUGAUGAUCCUUACGGCGGGGCUUUGCUGGGCCUACGUCCUUGGAGAAGUGUGCGGCAUUGUGGCCGAUAUGACCCGAGAUAGCCAGAAGUUUAGGAAGAGGAUGCACGAGCUGAACACCAUGAUGGACCACCAGGAGCUCCCUUCGCAGCUGCGCAGCAAGCUACGGAGCUUCUUCCUGCAGAACAAGCACCAGGCGAUGUACCUCAGGCAGCAGGAGCUGCUGAAGCAAAUGAGCCCUCAGCUCCAGUCAGAGGUGUGCACGACGCUGCACCUGCCGUGGAUUCAGAAGGUCUGCUUCUUGCAGCAGUUCAUGAAGCUGAUCAAGGCCCAGGAGGUGAACGGGGUGAAUGUCGGGCCCUACCACACCUGCAUCGCGGACAUCAGCCGGGAGUUGAAGUCCGACGCCUUCGCCCAGGAGGAGUCCUUCGACAACGUCCAGGUGCUGUACAUCCUGUCCAAGGGCCUAGUGGCGCUGGACAAUCGCAUCGGCCACCACGGCACGGUGUGGGGCGAAGACUUCGUCCUGUCAGACCUGAGCCUCAUCCGCCCUGUCGAGGCCUUUGCCUUGACCUAUGUGGAGGUGAUGUACCUCACCCGGGAGAGCCUCAUGGGAGUCAUCGAGCGCCGGAAGCGCACCUGUCCCCACCUGGGUCGCCUGGUGCGGCGCUACUGCGCGCCUCGAAUCCGCCGACGGAUUCGGAUCCACUGGAUGUGCGAGGGCAGUGGCUGUCACUGCAACUUGCCGGCGAAGGUGACCUGCGGCGUCGGCAGCAUUGUGUUCGUGCUUGGCGCGGCCAUAUACAUCGGGGGCAUUGUGAGUGCCAAUGCCGCGAUUGCGGCCGCCUGGAAGGUUCAGGGGGAGUCGAGCUUCACCCUCACAGUGGCGGACGCCGACCUGGUGAGCUUUCGCUUCUUCACCGACGACGACACGGACUGCAAUGCCCACGACACCUCGUUGUCCAUCAGCCACUCCUCGCAGCAGUCCGUCUAUUGGGAGAGCCUCUGCAACGGCUGGUUUGCAGGCCGGCAGGAGUUCAACGGUAAGAUACUGAAGAACCUCGGGAGCUUCUUGCCGCAGGACACCGCCGGGAACUGGAUGACUGGCAGCUUUGUGGUCACCUCUGGUUAUCCCACCUGGGUCUUUGAGGGGAGCAUGAGCAACAUGGGCAAUGCCAUGGCCUUGGCCGGGCUCACCAUGGUGGGCUUCUUGAUCGCGGCAGCCGGCUUGGUGACGUGCUGUGUGGCCGGCUGCCUCACGUGCUGCCUCACGCCGCCCCCGUCUUCGCCGGUGCAAACGAUGGGGCAGGCGCCGGUGGUGGUUGGCAAGCCCGUGGUCGCCCAAUGA